ACGUUAUCUUGAAGAGACACAGUCAACAUGGCGGACGACGCCAAGACCAACAAGCUAAACCGCGAGCUGCUGCGCUGGAUACAGAGCUUGGACUUGGCCUACUCCAUCAAGAACGUGAAGCGGUGCGUCGAGGCCUGAGAUUUAUACUUGUUUUACCACUCGAGCUAUAACACGAACUGUCAAUGACAGAGAUUUUGCCAAUGGGUUCCUGGUGGCGGAGAUUCUAUCACGCUACUAUGACAAAGACAUCAGCAUGCACUCGUACGAUAACGGCAUUGGAAUGAAGGUCAGGAAGGACAAUUGGGACCAAUUGAUCAAGAUCUUCGGCCGCUUUGUGGACCUGGAGCCUCUGACCAACAAAAGUGACAUCGACGCUAUCGUCCACUGCCAGAACGGAGCUGCAGUCUCAUUCCUUACGAAACUCUAUCAAUGCCUGACUAAGCGUACUGUCCAGCCAACUGCCGUGGCUCAACCUCCGACAUCAGGGAACGUAGCAGCGCCAAUGAGCAUCGCCAAGAGCUUGGAUACAGUGGAGGAGAUCCCUCCGUACGCCAAACCCACCAACUCGGCAUUUAUUCGAGACAAGAUGCGCGAGCCUGAGAUCGCCGAGAUGCAAGACCAGACGCAGAUCAAUCGUAAAGUGCGUGACAUUCACUCACAACACGAGGAGACGCAGCAUCUUGAACGCUUGAUGACAGACACACCCGAUCGCUAUCCAGCGAUCCGGAGUGCCAGCAAAGCCACGGUGUUGCGUGGAUCUACUAAACCUGUUCGAAACGACGACAGCAAUCCGGUGCUAAUGACGCAGCAGAUUGUACGUGAGGUGCAGAUCAAAACGAUCAAUCAAAAGGGACUCGAGAAACUACGCGCAACACGAGAAGCCAAGAAGAAUGAAUCCCUGGGUCACUCAGGCUCCAGUGGUCUUCUUGGAGAGACUCGCGGGGUCGCCUCCUUCGACGCACGCGGUGUGAGUGGCAGCAGUCCGGAACUUAUUCAGAAACGUCGGCCUUUGGAUCUGCUGAAUGAAACAAUAGCACGUAAACUUUCGAGUAUGGGACUUACACUACAACCACGUGGAGGUAAGGAUAAAUUUGAGAGCUUCCUGGAUAGCGCGUACGAAGGAAACGUUUUUGGAGAGCACGAGUGUACGGAGGUUCUUCACGGUAUUGAAGAAGAAGUUGAAGUACUUGCGUUGGCUUUCUUGGAUUUCCCACGAGAAUUCUGGAAGUUCGUCGGUCUCAUGUAUCCGUUGCUUGCUGAGUACGACGAAGGGCAUAUCCUGUUUCAGACCACAGUAAAUCUCUUCGUUGUAUUUGGACAACAGUGCGUUCGUCGGGAUGGUACAGCCGCUUCACUCUUUAUGCCCGAGUUCUUACUACCAAAGUUCACGACAAUUCUCAGUCGAUUUUUCAACAAGCGAGCUCCACUGCUUCGUAUACUGUACGCGUUCUUGCCUAAUUUAGUGCUGGCUCAUAUCCAAGCGAUCAAACAGUUGCGCGAGGCUUUGGCAGAUGACAUUCCACUGUUCAUUCAUAUGCUUGCUGUUCUGAUUGGUAUGGAAAGUGAACUAGAUGAAACCAUUGUCGAUCUAUACCAUUAUUACUGCUGUAUCGGACUGGAAACUCCGUGUGAGAAACUACGAGCGGCCUGUUUGUCCAUGUUGAUCCCAUUCCUCAACUACGACGUGAAUCUAGUAGUAGAUCUGCUGCCACGCUUGACUCAACUCUCGUCUCGACAUGCGUGGUGGGAAGUGAAGGCCCAACUUGUCGUCGUUGCAUCAGCUUUUCUCCGCGUUGUACCAACUCAACGGAAUGAAGAAGAAGAGAACGGUGACACUAGAGUAUCAGAGGAGCCAACACGAGAUUUUACUGAGCAGAUCGAAUUGUGUUUGACCAUCAUCGAGCGUGAAUUCCAUCCUGAAGCCAGUCUCAACUUGAGACGAGUUGGAUUAUCUUGUCUCUCGAGGAAUCUCGAGCAUUACCAGGAGCUUGUUCCGCUAUACGUCGACGUGUUGCUGAGUCUUCCAGCAGCUGUAUGCCACGCAAUGCUGGACACUAAAACCAUCAGCGAAGCAGCUUUUGAAGACGAGGAUGAAGGCACGAAGUCAUCUACUGGAAUCGAGAACCAGUUGCCUAUUCGAGGUGCUUCUGGUGCAAUGUACCAACUUCUGCCGUUGGUAACUCAUUGGGACUCGAUUGCAAUCGCUAAACAAGUUUUUUACGAGCACAAGAAUAGUAAAUCCGCUGAUCCUGAUGUUCUCAUGGUCAUGUUGAAGUGCUUUGAGCAAUUACUACAUACAGAGCAGCAACUCAACGUGAGAAUGCUGUAUGACCAAAUGAAAAACUACGUAGUUCUGGGCUUUGCAAGUGUCAAUACUUGUGAGCUCAGCGCCAGUAUCAUCAAGGUUGCCAUAGCUGCUUUGGACGGGAGUGAUACUGAUGUUUUCCAGCACAUGGCGCUUGUUGAAGCUCUGCAGAAGCUCGUGGCGAGAGAUGUCGAGGACAUUCGCCAGCAAACGGUAGUCAAGAUGCUGCACGACGCACACGUCUUGAGACCUGUAUGGGCAGAGCGAGUUAAGCGCUGUGUGAACAACCUGCAAUCCAAGUGCGACACUGAUACAUUCAAGUCGUCGCUCUUCUCGAUCGCGUUUGAAAUUUGAGAAUAGAAACAUCAUGAGGAGCGAACAACACCUUUUAACCUUCCUGAACAGAGAUA